CAGUCCGAUCGUGACACAUAGCUAGAUAAUCACAUGACCGUGUUGCAGAUUACACCAGCCCACUUCCGGUUCAACACGCCCUCUAUACGGAAGCGUAGCCGGGUAACUUCGGACAAAAAAAGAACCGAAUCCUCUCAGCCCACGAACAGUGCAACCUGCACAUCCUUCAGUGAGGUUACCUCCCCUUCGCAGGAAGUGAGUAAUUUGCACAGCUCCCCUCAACAGGAAGUAAGUCUCAAAAAGGGUAGCUCCCCUACACAGGAACAGGAAGUGGGUAAGACUCAGGGGUCCAGCACAGGGGAUAAAUUAAGGCAAGGUGAGGGGCCAGAGAAAGGAGUAAGUGUUGAAGUUCAGGAGAAAGCAAUUGAAAUCCAGAAACAGGAAGUAAGUUAUAAAGUAGUGGAAGACAUUCAGAGGGAGGAAGAAGAACAAUUGGACUUUGAAAUACAACAAGCGCAGGAGGAAUUAGCUAAAGUUUGGGAACGAGUAAGAGCAGAAGAAAGCGAAAUGUCCGGUGAAGCUUUGGCAUCUGCCGUAAAUCGGCUUGAAGCAGUAGCUACCCGACUUGAAGCAUUGGCUUUGAAAGCGCCAUCUAGCAGGGCAUCAAGUGCUGAACCAGAUGUAGCAGCCCCAUAUGUUCAGGCGUUUGAUGACCUCCUUAAAGGAGGAUUUGCCAAUUUCCAGUCCCUCAGUGCCAAGAUUGGAGGAGAUGUCAAAACUAUGUGUGAUGUCGUUACCAAGACAGCCGAUGCCCAGAGAGCGUUCCUCAACAUGGCAUCCAAGUGUAAAGAACCAACAGACAAAAGUCUACUGGCCAAACUUUUACAGCCUACAUCACAAGGCAUACAGGAAAUUAUGGAGUUUCGUGAGAGUAAAAGACAGAGCCCAUUUUUCAACCAUCUGUCCACGAUUAGUGAAUCCAUUCCAGGUUUCGGCUGGGUCUCGGUCGCCCCGACUCCUGGCCCAUACCUCAAGGAUUUCAUUGAUGCUGGCAUGUUCUACUCAAAUCGUAUCCUCAAAGAAUUCAAAGAAAAGGACCAGACCCAUGUUGACUGGGUGAAGAGUUGGAAUGCUAUGUUCAAGGAUCUUCAAGGUUAUAUAAAGGCCUACCAUACCACGGGCGUGGCCUGGAACCCCAAGGGAGGAGAUGCUGCCAGCUUCUCUGCUGGGGGUAAAGCUGCCCCCUCUGGAGGUCCUCCGGCUCCCCCUCCACCAGGCCCCCCACCACCACCCCCUCCACCAGCGGUCGAUGCUCCAGCUGGAUCGACAGAACAAAGCAGUGACAGUGACGGAAGGACAAAACUAUUUGAUGCUAUCAACCAGGGAACUGAAAUCACCAAAGGCCUUAAGAAGGUGUCAGACUCGAUGAAGACCCACAAGAACCCAGCACUGAGACAAGGGCCAGCUCCCUUCAAGGCUACACCAACAGUGAAGCCCGCACCCAAGCCUGCUCCCAAACCCGCAGCCAAACCCGCAGCCAAACCUCCAGUCACUGAGCUACAGAACGGCAAGAAGUGGAUUGUGGAGAACCAUGUAAACAACCCCAGCAUUGAGAUUACAAACACCUCCAUUAACCAGACGGUGUACAUCUACAAAUGUGAAAGGUCAACCAUCCAGAUCAAGGGCAAGGUCAACUCCAUUGUUGUAGACACCUGUAAGAAAGUGGGCGUGGUUUUUGAUGACCUUGUGUCAUCCUUGGAGUUCAUCAACUGUCAGAGCGUCAAAGGACAGGUGAUAGGGACAAUGCCGACUGUAUCUAUAGACAAAACAGACGGCGCCCAAAUAUACCUCAGCAAGGACUCCUUGAAGGCGGAAAUCGUCAGCGCCAAGUCUUCAGAAAUGAACGUUGUCAUACCGAAGGACGGAGACUUUGUUGAAUUUGCUCUCCCAGAACAAUUCAAGUCAACUUUUGAUGGCAAAAAAAUGGCUACUAUUAUCUCAGACAUCUAAACACAUGUGAAGAAGACUGCCACCUAGUGGACACAUUUUGAACUAUGCUAGACAGCUCUCAUAUCAUUCCAGGUUUAAUAAAAUAGAUUUGGAAUCUGGCCAUAAUAUUUCUGUAGCCCAGUGGUCCACAAAGAUGCUUCAAGAGGCUAUCAACGGAGGCCUUAUUUUUGUGCUUAUAUUUUGUAAGAAUCAUUAACAUAACGGCCAUGUUUGUUUAUCCAACAUAUUUUUAUCUUUAGUAAUAUAUAUAUAUAGAAGGAUGUUUCAAAUGGCCUGCUCAAAAGUUUGCAUUCAGGAGACUAUCCAAUAUUAAGCUUAAAAUUCUUUACAAGAAAAUGGAAGAACAUUCUAUAUGAAAUAAAAUAUUAAGGCCUAGUUAAGAUUAUUUUAAAAUAUGAGUAAAAAUCUUUUCAUAAAGUGCUAAAAUUAUACAGUCAAUAUUGAUUUACACAAUUAUACUUCUAUGACAUAGUGCAAUUAUAUUCAUAUCCCAUAAAAUGUGUGCUGAUAAAUCCCAGUCAAUUUUUCAUCUGAUAAUGUACUUAAGACUUUCAUUGUGGUUUGGUUUUGUAAGAAAGUAAAAACAGCAAAUGGAUGCUUACAAACUGGUGUCUAUAUGAUCAUUGCCAGUCAUAGUGUCACCCCUGGCAACAACCCUCGUGUUUGAUACAACCUUGCUUUUGUGUUGUUAACACAACAUUAUUUGUAAAGUUUUCACAAACAAAAUUGUCUAUAAAAUCUGUAGUUAUCUCCCUUAGACCAGUGUUGAAUAAAUCUGUAGUUACCUCCCUUAGACCACUGCUCUGUCUGAAACUAACAGUAUUGAAUAUGAUUAAUGCUUUGCAUGAAACUUUAAUUUGAAUUGUCUUCCCAGAGAGAGAAAUAUGACAGAUUCACUUUUGUAUAUAACUUCAUCACAGAUCUUUGUUUAUUAAUUAAUCCAAUUUGAGGCUUAUCAGAUGGACAAAACGGUGGUAUUAAAAUCUAUGCAAGUUUUUGUGAUAAUUCAUAGCUGCUAAGGCUAAAGUAAAAAUGUUCUUCUAAAAUUAUGGAGUUAUUUAGAGUAAAAUAAACUGACAAUGCCAGAAGUCUUGAGGAUUUAAAUAGUCUUACUUAUUUAAAUGUAUAAAGUGUACUAUAAAAAAACUGAUGUGUAUACCUAUGAAUUGCAUAUUAUUAUUGAUUAGUAAACCUUGCACCCCUUAAGAAAUCAUAGUGCAAUCAUCCACACGGGAAAAUCUAUUGUGAAUGAAGGGGGUAUGUAAGGUUGUCCUCCUUACGUAUGUCUCAUCAUCUAUAUGCUUGUAACUUAUGUAUUACUAGUAGAGACCAAACAAGCUACGAAAUGAAUCUGAUGUGUUUCACUACGAAGGGUGUGAUGGAUUGUGUAGGGUCAACAGUUGUGACCCCAGCGAUUAUGUUCAAUUCUGCAAAUGUCUGAUUGGUAUAGACUGUGGAAAAUGACAUAAAUUAAACAGAAAUUUCAAAGUGAUUUAAAUAAAUUAAACAGAAAUUUCAAAGUGAUUUAAUUAAUUAUAAGGUUUCAUUUUGAUUUUAAGUAAUGAAGCAAUAUAUGUUAAGUAAUAUUAUUGAUAUAUGUAUCUAAUUUAAAAGCCUAUAUUUAAUUAAUCUGUCCUAUUUAAUUAAGCUCCCUCUUUUUAUUAACCAAUACCCUUGUUUAGGUUCACAUCCUGCUAUCCCUAAUGUGGCUUUGAUGGACUAACCCAGUCCAGUCUAUGUUUAUGGAAGAGGGGAUAGUUAUAAUGACCACCUGUGCCCCUAUAAUAAUACACAUGAGGAAAAGCAAUGGAGUAAGUCUGGAAAAUAUUGAUAGAAUUUCUCAAAAAGGAGAUUCAGCCCCUCCAAACAUUUGAUUGUCAUCAGCCAAACUGAAAACACAGCACAGCAUAAAGUUAAACAAACUCAUUAACAGGUGUAUUCUGGGAUAGAAAGGGACUGUAAAGAGGAACUUCUACUGCUUGUAUUUCUGCAUGUUAAAUUGUAUACGAACAAAAACCAUAUAAAUAAAUUUGUAAACCAUCUGA